AUGGGUGCCGAAAACGUUCCAUUACAGGAACGCCUCGAGCGCUGGGCUCAGAGGCUGCAAAACCUCACCGUCUCCCCGCUGACCCGCGACUAUCCCGACAACCAGAACCAGGAGCUGCCCAAGCGAGCCAUUGAAGCUUUCGAGUCGCUUAAGCUCUCCAAUGACACAGCGUCAGCAUUGAAGAACCUCUCCGGGACAUCUUCGGGAUUCACCGUUUUCCUAACGGCGUUUGUGGUGCUCGUCGCUCGGUUGACCGGUGAUGAGGACAUCGCUAUCGGCACCAGCCUUGGUGACGAUGGCCGUCCCUUUGUCCUGAGAGUUCCAAUUGACCCCUCAGAGACUUUCCUCCAGCUCUACUCCAAGGUCCAGAAGGCAUACGAUGAAGGGUCCGCCGAAAUCGUGCCAUUGGGCAGCCUACGAUCCCAUAUCCAAGAAAAGUCGCAAUCCGAGCGAACGCCCAUCCUCUUCCGAUUCGCCGCGUACGAUGCCCCAGCUGCUUCGCAAGAGUACCCUGCCAACACCUUCGAGACGACGGAUCUGGUGGUCAACGUUGCGCCAGCAAGCACCUCGGACGGCGCGACAGAGCUAGGAGCAUACUACAACCAGAGAUUGUUCUCGAGUGCUAGGAUCAGCACAAUCCUGCACCAGAUCGCUCAAUUGGUCCAGAAUGCCACGAGCCAACCGGAGACCGCGAUUGGGCGCAUUGACUUCAUGACUCCCGAGCAGCGCGCUCUUCUCCCCGACCCGACUGCCGAUUUGCACUGGUCCAAGUUCCGAGGAGCUAUCCACGAUAUUUUCGCUGAUAACGCUGAGAAGCACCCUGAGAAACUUUGCGUUGUCGAGACUCAAUCUGCCAACUCCGCACACCGCGAGUUCACCUACAGGCAGAUCAAUGAAGCCUCCAACAUUCUUGGUCACCACCUGGUUGAGGCUGGUGUCGAGAGGGGAGAGGUUGUUAUGGUGUAUGCCUACCGUGGUGUCGACCUGGUUGUGGCUGUCAUGGGUAUCCUUAAGGCCGGUGCGACGUUUUCCGUUAUCGACCCUGCGUACCCCCCGGAGCGACAAUGCAUCUACCUCGACGUGGCUCGUCCUCGCGCUCUUAUCAACAUCGCGAAGGCCACCAAGGAUGCCGGUGAGCUGUCGGAGAAGGUGCGCACAUUCAUCGAUGAGAACCUGCAGCUACGGACUGAGAUCCCCGCUCUCGCCCUCCUUGACGACGGUUCGCUCCUGGGAGGCUCAAUUGAUGGCGAGGAUGUGCUGGCUAAACAGGUGCCCUCCAAGUCCAAGCGUGUAGGCGUUGUUGUUGGCCCCGAUUCCACCCCUACCCUCUCGUUUACUUCCGGCUCUGAGGGUAGGCCCAAGGGCGUCAGAGGGCGUCACUUCUCCCUGGCGUACUACUUCCCAUGGAUGUCUGAAACAUUCAAGCUUACUCCCAACGACAAGUUCACGAUGCUUAGCGGUAUCGCUCACGACCCUAUCCAAAGAGAUAUCUUCACUCCUCUUUUCCUUGGUGCCCAGCUGCUUGUCCCGGCCCGCGAGGAUAUCCAGAACGAGAAGCUUGCUGAGUGGAUGCGUGACUACGGUGCUACAGUCACACAUCUCACCCCUGCUAUGGGUCAGAUCCUCGUUGGAGGUGCUUCUGCGCAGUUCCCCACUCUUCACCAUGCUUUCUUCGUCGGAGACAUCUUGAUCAAGAGAGACUGUCGCUCUCUGCAAGGGCUGGCCCCGAACGUCAACAUCGUCAACAUGUACGGAACGACCGAGACCCAGCGUGCCGUCAGUUAUUUCGAAAUCCCCAGCUACUCGAGUAACGGCGGCUACCUGGACACCAUGAAGGACGUCAUCCCGGCUGGUCGGGGUAUGCUCGACGUACAGAUGCUGGUCGUCAACCGCUUCGAGCCCAGCCGUAUUUGUGCUAUUGGCGAAGUUGGUGAGAUCUACGUUCGUGCAGCUGGUCUUGCGGAAGGGUACCUUGGUUCUCCGGAACUAAACCAGAAGAAAUUCCUUACUAACUGGUUUGUUGACCCUAAGACAUGGGUGGAGAAGGAUACCGCAGAGUCGCAGGGUGCCAAUGAGCCCUGGAGGGAGUUCUACGUUGGACCUAGGGACCGUCUGUACCGAAGCGGUGAUCUUGGUCGAUACACUCCUUCUGGAGACGUCGAGUGCUCAGGUCGUGCCGAUGACCAGGUGAAGAUCCGUGGCUUCCGUAUUGAGCUGGGUGAGAUCGAUACCCAUCUCUCCCGUCACCCUCUUGUCCGAGAGAAUGUGACCCUGGUGCGACGUGACAAGUUCGAGGAGCCUACCCUCGUCAGCUACUUUGUGCCUGACAUGAGCAAGUGGGCUUCGUGGUUGGAACAGAAGGGUCUCAAGGACGAUGACUCCGCUGAAGGAAUGGUCGGCAUGCUCCGACGAUUCCGUCCUCUUCGUGACGAUGCCCGUGAGCUCCUUCGCAGCAAGCUUCCCACAUAUGCUGUGCCGACGGUGUUCAUUCCCCUUAAGCGCAUGCCCCUGAACCCCAACGGAAAGAUUGACAAGCCCGCCCUGCCUUUCCCUGAUACCGCAGAGCUCAGCGCGGCUGCUCCCCAGCGUAGAGCAUCGGCCCUGAAAAACCUUUCAGAGACCGAACAGGCACUGGCUCAAAUCUGGGCUUCUCGCAUUUCCAACGUUACCGCUCAAAUGAUUGGCCCUGACGACUCCUUCUUUGACCUCGGAGGACACAGUAUCCUCGCCCAGCAGAUGUUCUUCGACCUUCGACGCAAAUGGCGCGGUAUCGACAUCAGCAUGAAUGCCAUCUUCCGCAGCCCUACCCUCCGGGCCUUCGCUGCAGAGAUCGACCGCCUGCUGAACUUCGAGUCUUUCGCUAGCAACGAUGAGAAGGCUACGGAGACCACAGCAACCGCCAACGAGCCCAACGACGAAUAUUCCCGCGAUGCCCGUAAGUUGGUAGAUACCCUGCCGGAAUCUUUCCCCACGCGCACAGAGGACAUGCUCUCCGCCGAACCCACUAUCUUCCUCACCGGUGCCACCGGUUUCCUCGGUGCCCACAUCCUCCGCGACCUCCUCACCCGCAAGUCUCCUUCAGCUAGAGUCAUCACACUUGUCCGCGGUAAGAGCGCCGAACAAGCCCUGGCCCGUAUCCGCUCCACCUGCCGAGCCUACGGCUUCUGGGACGAAUCCUGGACCUCUCGCCUCGAGUGCAUCACCGGUUCCCUCGGCGACCCCCGAUUUGGCCUCACCGACGCCGCCUGGGACGACCUCACCAAGCGCGUUGACGCCGUCAUCCACAACGGUGCCCUCGUCCACUGGGUCUACCCCUACUCCACCCUCAAGCCGGCCAACGUCCUCGGCACCAUUGACGCCCUCAAGCUCUGCGCAACUGGCAAGCCUAAACAGUUCUCCUUCGUCAGCUCAACCAGUGUCUUGGACAGCGAUUACUACGUCGAGGAGUCCGAGCGCAGCAUUGCCGCUGGUGGCGCCGGUAUCAGCGAAGACGACGACCUGGAAGGUAGCGCCGUCGGCCUGGGAACCGGCUACGGCCAGAGCAAGUGGGCUGGCGAGUACCUCGUCCGCGAGGCCGGAAAGCGCGGUCUGAAGGGAACAAUCGUCCGUCCUGGUUACGUCCUCGGUGACUCGAGCAGCGGCACAACAAACACCGACGAUUUCCUUAUCCGCAUGAUCAAGGGCUGCAUCCAGCUCUCCGCCCGCCCCAACAUCCACAACACCGUCAACAUGGUCCCUGUCGACCACGUCGCCCGCGUCGUCAUCGCAGGUGCCUUCCAGCCCCCCGUUUCGCCUAUCGGCGUCGCCCAGGUCACCGGCCACCCCCGCCUGCGCUUCAACCAGUUCCUCGGCGCCCUCCAGCUCUACGGGUACAAUGUGCCCCAGGUCGACUACGUGCCUUGGUCCAAGCUGCUCGAGCAGUAUGUCAACAGCGGCGAGCAUGAUGAUUUGGAGAGCCAGCAUGCGCUGAUGCCCCUCUACCACUUCGUCACUGCUGACCUCCCCUCCAACACCAAGGCUCCCGAGCUCGACGACGUCCACGCCGCUGCGUCGCUCCGCGCGGACGCUAAGUGGUCGGGCGUUGAUGUCUCCGCCGGUGCCGGCGUAACAGAGGAGUUGGUCGGCCUGUACACCUCGUACCUUGUCUCCGUUGGCUUCUUGCCCGCGCCAACGGAAAGUGGCUCCCGUCCCUUGCCUGCCGUAUCGAUCACGAGUGACCAGAGGGAGGCGAUGGCGGGUGUUGGAGGCCGUGGCGGAACUGCGUGA